GCUUUUUCCAUCCAAAAACCAAGUUACCUACAAAGGCUGCGUGGUUCGGUGAGUAAUCUGGAAAGCAUGGAGCAGCUGCAAGAUCAUGAUGAGGCCUAUGAGGAAGCUCAAGAGCUGCUCAGAACCUGGAUGAAGUCCAAACUACAAGUGGAGCUGAGCGAUGAAGAGGAAGUUGGAUCUGUCCUCCCAGAGGGGCCUUCCGCAGCCCUUCUCAAGUACCAGCGGUUUGAUGACUUGUGCAGCUCUCUGGAACAGCAACUGGAAAGUUCCUCUGUCCAAGAGUACCUGCAGCAACUUUUGCAGAGUAAAGCAGUAGACUGUGAGAUAGCAGAAGACCUGAGAAUUGAAGACAUCAAGGAAAAACAAAAACCAGCAGAUCCACGGCUAACCAUGGAGCUCAGACACCACCAGGUGAAAGAAAAUCGACUGAAGUAUCAGAAGGCAUUAGAGCUUCAGAGACAAGAACAGGCCCUUAAAAAAUCUGUUCUGUUUGAGGCCAAGAAGCGAGCACAGGAGGAAGACAGGAGGAAGGCCCUAAAGGCUAAGAAGGAGGAGGAUGCCAUCCAGAGGGAGAUGGUGAAGCUGCGGAAGGAAAUGGCCGAGAAGAGGCACACCAUGGCAGAAGCACGGAGAAUGGAAGAGAAAAGACAAGAGAAAAGUCAGAAGCUGUCAGUGCAGGAGGUGUCUAUUACUGCGUUACUGCCCCUGAACCUAAAGAAAGAAGAGCAAGAAGAGGAAAAACAGAGGAGUCAGGAACUGCUGAGCAGGAUUCACACCGAUAACUGGAAAUGCCUGCAACGACAUUUCUCUGCUUGGUUCAAACACUUUAUGGAACAGAGAAUUAAAACAGGAAAAGCCAGAGCCUUUGCUGACUGGAAAUGCCAGCUGAAGGCCCUGCGAGCCUGGAGGAACUAUAACUGGGCCCAGAAAGUGAAGCGGGAGACACAGCAAUUAGAAGUUCAUCUCCAAGAUCAAAACAGGAAGAAACAACUGUCUGUGGCACAUAACCAACAGCGGCUUUUGCAAUCCUGCUUUCUGGCGUGGCAGCGCUGGAGCCAAGGAGAGGCAGAAAAACGAGAGCUGCAGAUCAGGAGAGGAGAGACAAAGAGAAAGAUGGAGCAGCUUCUGGAGGCAGUGUCACUGGGGAAGAGUGCUCAGGACAAGCCACCAGAGGUUAGCAAGGCUGGGACAGCAAAAAUGUGUCAGAAUCAACCUUUGCAGCAUAAGGCAACUGAAACCUGCCUCAUACAAGAAGAGCCUGACCAUGCCAGAGACCACUGCGGUUGGGAUGCUUCUCACACACCACAUCAUCGUUCCUACAGAAAGUCCCGGGUUGCCUGGCAGAUUACCCCAAAACAUGCAACCCUGAGUGCCCAGGACCUAGCUGCAAGCAGGAAUCCCAUAGCUGCUCUCCCACAGCAAUUUCAGGCACUCAGCCCCAAAACAGCCCCUGCUUAUGGUGGUUGCUUCAAGUACCGUCAUGCCUUCCAGCAACAGCUGAUCAAGAAGCAGAGGCAGCAGCUUCAGGAACAGCAAGAGCUGAUCCUUGAACUGCAGGAAAAUCAGAGACUGAACAGAGCUAAAGAGGAGGCAGCACAAGCCACAGCUGUCACCCUAGCACUUAACAGCCCUGUCUCACAACCUAGGGAGGAAAAUGCAAAGAAGAAAGGACAGUCCAGCUGCAAGAAUACAACCCCUCUGAGCCUGCCUGUUUCUCAAGGAGCAGAAAACACAGGGGCAGGGACACAAAGCAGAAGGCCCUCCAGCCAGCUGACCCCAGCCCAUCCCAUAUUGAAAGCUAUGGAGGAGAGAGCAAUUCAGCGGGCAGAACGGAGGAGGAGACUGAAAGAGGCCAAACAACAGAGAGAGGAAGAAAAACUGGCCCAGCUGAAGGCUAAGGAGGAAGCACGCCAGAGGAAGGAGGCUGAGGAAAAGGCAGCGCAGCAGGAGAGAAGACGAGAGGAGAGGCGGCAGCAGAAGCUGAAAGAAGCGGAGAAGCAGAGAAGGCUGGCGAAGGAGCAGCAGCUCCAGACAAAGGCAAGAGAACAUUAUGAGAAGGUGCUGCUGAGAAAAUUGGGAUUGUUGCCAUGGAAGAGGCUGAGGGAGGAAGCCAAGGAAAACCUGGUGGUUGCACGAAGGCACCACGUCUUGGGCCUGCAGCGGAAGUGCCUGAUGGCUUGGCUCCAGCACAUCCAGCAGGGCCUCAUGGAGAAGGUGUCCCGGGCUGAGGACUUCUAUUCCCUCUCCUUGCUCAGGAUGGGCUUCAGGAACUGGCUGAAGUACAAGGAUUAUCUUUCUGCAGUGGCAGAGAGAGCGAGCAUUCUCCAUGCAGCCUUCCUCAAGAAGCAGCACUUCUGGGCAUGGUUUGAUUUGAUCAUGGAGGAAAAAAGUGCAUUAUGGGAGAAGCUGAAGACUGCUGCUGAACACAAUAACAAGAGGCGCAUGCUGAACACAUUCAAGGCUUGGAGGCAGUACCCAUUACUGAUGAAAAAGGAAAGAGAGAGAGAGGAGAGGAAGAACCAGCUGAGGAGGAGAGUAGCCGAAAUUCUCCCAGACUUCCAGACAUAA